AUGGAGGACCUUGCAAUCAUUACAAGCCCUGAAGUCUCCUUUACGCACCCAGAAGUAGUCGAUUUGCGUUUCAUUGCCGCCGCUCUAGAAGGUAAUCAGCUGAGAUUUGCUCUUUCGGAAGAACGAGUUUGCUAUUACCAGGGGAGGGAGUGGAUGCGGGGAAGUGGUUGCGGGGUCGCGGGUCCGCGCGGUAACACCGCCGCCGGCGGUUCACCGCAGGAGAGAGAAGAAGAAAUGGGGGUAGAACCCCGAAGGGGGGAAGUGAAGAGUGAGAAAGGAGGGAAGAGAGAGGGAGAAGCUGAUUGGAUGAUGGAUUGCUUGGAGGAAAUUUUCAUAAAUCCAAAUGCGCCGGAAGGUGUAAAUGACGAGUUUGUGUACGAAGAACCCGAUGACGAAUUUGAAUCCCCAGAUGUCCGUGAUGAAUUUGAUUACGAUCACGAUGUUUUUUAUACCAAGGAGGUGUUUGACACACACAUAGAUUUGGUAGACUGGGCUCAAAGAAUGGCAAAGGAGCUUGGUUAUGUGUUAGUAACACGAAGAUCAAAUGUCACAAAAGGCGGAGAAGUUAAAAAGGUGGUCCUUAUUUGCAACCGUGGUGGAAAAAAAGAUAAGCGGUCAACCGGGGCACCCAAAGGGAGUACCAAAAUUGACUGUCCAUUCAAAUUGGUAGGCCGUCUGACAAAGGACCAUAGUUGGUGGGUUGAAGUUAUAGAUCACCGACAUAACCAUCCAUCAGCUCGUAAUUUGGAAGGUAUUGCGUACGCAAGACGACUAACCGAUGUUCAAAAAGAAUUUGUGGACGAAAAGGCGUUGCUAGGUUUUGGGCCAAAUAGCAUAAGGGACCAAUUGAAGGAUGCAUUUCCCGACAUCUUGACCCGUUCACAAGACAUUUCUAACUACCUGCGGCAACACCGGCUAAAGCACGCCCAACAACGAGGGGAAACUCGAAUGCAGGUGAAAUAAGAAACAUACCUGCAUGU